GAGCAAGGGAGGAAGCGUUGACAGAGAGACUCGUUGAAGACGAUUCUUUCAUUCAAAGAAAGGAAGAGGAAAAUGUGCGAGGAAGAAAUUGAAGCACAAGAGGAAGAAAUAAAGAAAAUGAAAGAAUCUGAAGUAAAGCUCAAGAAGAAUGUGAAGCUGCUGGUGCAUAACGGGAUGGAAGAGCACAUUGCUAAUUUCCUCAACUCCAGUUCAUUUGACAAUAUUGUCAACCUCUACCGGCUGCCUAUCAUGAUCCUUGCCUUCACUGAUUAUAGAAAGAAGGUGAAAACUCAAUAUCCCGAAGUGGAUGUAAUAAAGAUCACCUUUGGCGAACAAGAGGAAGUAGUGGAGGAGAACGGUGAAAGCAUGUCAGCUGAUUUUUUAUCUCAGAUUAAGCUGAGGUGGGAUCAUGAUGAAGAAGGACGCACCGAUUUUCCUCCUAAUUUUGACUUCGAGUUCGUGACAUGGAGGAAGGGAAGCAGAGGCAAAAGGUACUAAAGUUAAGGAGAGCCAGCCACCUCCUUCAGUGGAGAUCCAUCCAGUUCCCUCAGAAGAAGAGCAGCCAGCCUUUCCAAAAGUGGAGCAGCCACCUCUUCCUAUAGAGUAACAGCCACCUCCCUGGUAAAGUAGCCAGGGUUUCCAUUUUUUGAUUUGUGUUUUGUGUUAAAAUUGGAGCAAUUUGUUGAUUUAUUUUGAACAUUUUUGUAAUAUUUUUUAAUCAAUUUAUGGAUUUGUU